AUGCCCAUCCGCGCCCACUGCACCAUCUGCUCCGACUUCUUCGACAACGAGCGGGACGUGGCGGCCGUGCCUUGCGGGCACACCUUCCACCAGGCCUGCCUCUUCCAGUGGUUUGACACUGCACCGAGCCGGACAUGCCCGCAGUGCAGAAACCAGGUCAGCAAAAGACACAUCAUCAGUAAGCUGUUUUUUGAUGUUACCCUGGACGAGCAAGCAGCACCGGAUGCUGAGACCUUGCAGAAUGAACUGGACAAGGUGAAGGCCCAGCUCUCCUUGAAAGAGAAAGAAAAGCGGGAAUGCCAGGCUGUUGUGGAUGGGCUGAGGGACACUCUGGAUGUGCGCAAUGCCACGAUAGAGUCACUCCAGAAGAUGCUGGGAGAGACAGAGAUGCUGUGCUCCUCUCUCAAGAAGCAGAUGAAAUUCCUGGAGCAGCAGCAGGAGGAUAACAGAAGUUCAAAGGAGGAGGCCCGGCGGCUGCGAAACAAGCUGAGAACCAUGGAACGGAUUGAGCUGUUGCUUCAGAGCCAGCGCCCGGAAGUGGAGGAGAUGAUCAGAGACAUGGGAGUCGGGCAGGCAGCGGUGGAGCAGCUUGCAAUCUACUGUGUCUCCCUCAAAAAGGAAUAUGAGAAUUUGAAGGAAGCUCGGAAGAUCUCUGGUGAGAUGACAGAGAAGCUGAAAAAGGAGCUGUUUUCUGUCAAUAAUAAGCUGCAGAAAACGACUUCAGAGUUGGAGAAGACAAAGGAGGAGUUAAAAAGCACACAGAAAGAUCUGAAGAAUGCAGACAAGGAGAUCUUGAGUUUGAAGAAAAAGAUAGACAUCCUGCAGGAUACUCUGAAGGUCCCAUCUGUAACCAGGGAAACACUCAGUCGGCUAGUCUUGGAAAGCCCUGCUCCCAUGGAACUGCAUCCAAAGCUCCACCGCCCGGCCCACAGCGAUGAGAUCAAUCUAGAUGCUACAUUCGAUGUGGACACCCCUGAGCACCAGCCCUGCACAGCUCCCUUCGGCCCUGCAAAAAGGCAGAAGCUGGAUAAAAAGCCGCCUCCUGUGGUAAAUCUGGCGAAGAAAGUUCUGAAGGAAACAGUGGAGAACGGGGCAGAUGAUCUGGAGGAUGAUGCUCUUAAAGGACUCUUGCCAGCAUUCAUCAGGAACUCUUUUCUCUCCAAGAAGCCAUCUUCGGGUGGUUUGCUGGGUUCCCACAGGAACAUGGGCUCUGUGAGGACGGGCUACGAUGGCAUGGGAGGCAGGACAAAGUUCAUAGAGCCAACAAACCUGACGGAAAUCCGUCCGUUACCAGUUAGGAGCAGGAAGAAGGUCUCCAGACCAGCGUCUGCAGCUCCUGCAUUUUCCUCCAGCAGCAGCCAGGCCAGAAUGGACACUUUCCUGCAGUGA